AUGAUUGAGACGACAGUGGCAACCAUAACAAAACUGCCGCUCUUUGUUCAAUAUUCUGUAACCCGGAAACCAUUUUGUCCUGCAAAGGACAAAAGGACAGCUAAGAGGGAAACCAUCGUUCUGGUCUGGAGACCGAGUGCUUGUGUGGUCUUCGGUAUGAAAAGGCCUGCCAAUCAGCUCCCGUCGACUGAGCGCCCUGUUCCAACAGCGGAAGAACCAACGCCAGUAGCCACUGCUUCACAUGUACCACCCAAGACAGACCCAUUGCUGCAACCGAGACGUUGUGUCGAUCACGUCGAAAACCGGGUCCGAUCAUUUGAAACUGACCCACGCCGACAAUUUUACAUCAAACAGCCAAAAAGGAAAGGGGCCAGGAGGGUCAAAUUCCUAAAAAUAAUCUCAGAAUGCCCGCAAACUAGUGAGACCCCCAAAUCACCAGAGCAGUUGACAUUCCGCGGUUGGUUUGGGACCACCGUGAGUAAAUUCGCUCCUAAACUCCUGCAUUACCUGGAGUUCAGGAAUCCCAUCUGCAUCUAUUCGUGUGAGAUGGCCAAAUGUCUAGAGGGCGAAUUUACUGACCGGAAGGUCCGUGGUCCGAACCCGACCUCUGCCUCUCGGAUUCCCCUGUCUACACCUGGGCAACCUGGCAGUAUUCCAGCCGUCGUGCUUUCUUCGGGUGGCAUGUUGAGCUAUACCCUCAUCAUCAUCACCAUCAUCAUCAACAUCAUCAUCACCAUCAUCAUCAUCAUCAUCACCAUCAUCAUCAUCAUCAUCGACAGCAUGAAAUCGGUGUUCAGCACUGAUGCUUUGCUGCCGUACAGUCAUGAUUUAUUUGAAAGCAUUACGAUGAAGAGAAGUAUAAGGGCGGAAAGUGAAGGGACCUGGCGCUACCUCAAUACAAUCAUUCUGAGGUGUCUACACAUUAAGAUACUCAUUCAGGCAAUCUGUAUAGAAACUGACAACAAGGACGCUACUGAUAUCGAUCAGCACUCAUAUCUUACGGCAUUUCUAACAAGGCGCAGCGGGGGGUCACGCGGUCCCCGUCCAGUAACACUGAAAGCACCCAAAUUCUUCGUGAUCUCUUUUACACCUCUCUGUCAAGUCAAGGAUUGGCUAUGUAUCCCAACUUAUCAUGUCCCGAUCGGUGGAGUGGCGUUGAAAUUUGGUGCUUCUAAGCUAAAGUAA